CUGAACAGUGGGUUCAGAAUCACCUCAGAAAAAGAAGUGGCAAACUGGAGAUCGGCAGGAAAAAAAAGGAGUUCCUAGAACAGGGAGCAGUGUUCACCAAAGCCUAGCCUUCUGGGAUUCAUGGCUGCUCACAGGGUUCAUCCACAAGGCCAGGCGACAGGAGUAUCUUUUCUUUCUACUGCAGCAGAUAUGCCUUCGGAUCAGCAUCGUAAAAGAGGUCACAGCUGCCUUCCCACCAGAAAAUGUCUUCUGACUUCUUGUGGGAUAUUCCUCAUGCUCGGCAUUGUCGCUGCUGCGAUUGCUGUUGGGAUCACUUUCAGGACAUCUACAAUGCCUGCAAGCUGGACCUAUCACCAAUGCAGAACAUCUUCACAGCAACCGGGGUUCCUGUGUGAGGACCACACAACUUGCUUGCCACCAUCUCUGCUUUGUGAUGGCAAGAUGGAUUGCCGUGAUGGAUGGGAUGAAGCUGCUGCCUACUGUGGUCACAUGCCCAACAGUCUCCCACAAAACUUGAUUUUCAAGUGUCCCAACCAGAAGACAUGGACAUUUGUGGACAGGGUGUGUGACGCCAGGAAUGACUGUGGUGACUGCUCGGAUGAAUCAGUCUCACAGUGCCCAGAGUGCUCAGGCUGGAGAUGUGAUACUGUUUUCUUCACGGACUGUGCCUGCAUUCCCAGAAGUCGCUGCAGAAACGGCAUCCAAGACUGUGCUGAUUGGAGUGAUGAAAACCUGUGUGACUAGGCUCAGAACCAUGGUUUUGGAAAGGCUGAGAAGCCUGAAGACUUCCCUCAAAGUGAUGGCAUGUCUAUCUGCUUGUUUACCAUCCUGGAAUGUAGGAUAGGGAAGGGUUAAAGAAUCUGUGCUCCAGCUAACAAAGCCAACAGGCAGAAAUCAUAUGCAACUUUAGGUCCCUGUUCUAAGCCUGUUUCCAAAUAGCCAGUGUUUUGUGGAAAGCAUAAAUGUAUACCCAUUUCAACCAGUAUGAAGAACAGUCACCCUAAGUUUCAGAUGGAAAAGUCUAGCUCACUAAUGUAGCCCUGGU